GAAUCUCUCAUACCCGGAGACCAUUCUCCGCCGUCGCCGAUCGUCUGCGGUUCAGUACGUCGGGUGCUUUCUGUUCCACUGGGCAUUGGGGAAAAAAAAAUAAAUUAGUUGGUGGUCAUUGGCUAACAUGAAUAAGUUGUUAGACUUCGGAAGAAAAGCUUUAUUUUAUGUACGGGUGCUUUCUGGAUAUGAGGAGCGAAGAAUACGAUCUUUUAGGCUGCAACUGGAGAACCAACUUAAGCAGGCACAAGAGAGGAAGGCAGCUUUGAACAAAGUACCUGAGCAGAUUAUUAUAUCUGAGGUUCGCCGUAUGGUUGAAGAAAUGCAGGCUUUAAACAAGAAGUUGGAAGAGACAGAAGCAGCCGUUGAAGAAUACUUCAAACCUAUUGACGAGGAAGCCGAGAUUAUAAUGAAAAUGCAGCUAGAAGGGAAAGAGAAAACUUCGGAAGAAAUGCUAAAAGCAAUGGAGCAACAGGCUUUACUUGAGCAAGUUGAAGCAGAAAAAAUUUCUGCUGCACGCCAACUAGAAAAGUUCCAUGCCAACCAGAACCAGCCAUCCACAUCUAAACUCCCGGAGGAAGCUUCGCAAAUUUUGAAUGCCAAAAGUUAGGUACAGUUUUUAGGUAUUUUUGCUAUCAGGUUCUUAUUCUAUAACAUGACAAGUGGGAUUUUUUUUCCCUCCAACUUGGCGUCACAUAGUUGGAUCUUUGAAAAAAUUUGCGUCUCGUGUUAUGUUUUUAUUGGAGAGCCUGAUAACAAAUAUUCUAGGAAACUUUGAUGACCACUAAAACCACCGGUGCUGGGUGUAACAUUCAAGACGGAGAGAGAGUUUUUCU